CAACACGAGAUAAACUUAGCUUUGUCUGAGCCACAACGGGCUAUUUGGAAUAUUUGGAUUCCCGAACAGAACAAUGCCUGCCGCUUUGGCGAUUCCAGCACCGCAGCUCAUCGACAGUUUGAUCGUUUUACCUUGCGGCCUCGCCAAAUCUUCACUUGGUGCUACUGCUGUUCAGCGAGUACCUGCUUCGGUUCUCGAUUAGGAUUCUGGUGUAUGGAAAAUGCGUAUGUACCUCGAAAUCCAGCAGAGUACGCAUCCGGGUCGAAUCUAUAGUAUGCGCUGCGCAUAUUAUCGAAACGAACUGGCGGUCACCUACCUUGCUGGGAGUACAGAGUCGCCAGAGGUUUAGGUCACGGAAUACUUCAGGCCCGUCAGUUUGGGGCACCUCGUAUUCGGAUCGGCACCAAUAUGUUUUUGCUGGCAUUGACAGAAGCUUCGACCGAUCCCCGUCUCUCUGUCCAGCGCGUGACUUUGAAGCAUGUCUGCGUGCCGCCCAAAUGGUCUGCCAGACAGGGUGGAUGAGCAGGGACAAAUGAGAUGGGGCGCUUUUGACGUGGAAAUUUUAUUUUGUUUCAUUUCAUUUCAUUUCAUUUUCAAUUUUUUCUUUUUUUUUUCUUUCUUUUUUUUUUUAAAGUUAAGGCCGACGGAGUACUCCGUUCAAGGGCUGAAAGAAACGCAAUCCACGUCGGUGCCUGGGUUCGGCUGUCUCCACACCCUGCGGUGGAUCCAGGCUUUCUUGCCAUAUGGUGGCGGCGGAGGCUAAAGGCACCACAGAACCCCAAAAGGAUCUUCCUCACUCAGGCUAGCACGCUAACUCUGGAGUGACAGGGGUCGGAAAACAUAGUUGUCAUGCAAUGGAAAGGAGAAGAACAACAUGGAAUCACACCAAGUUAGCAAGUUGAGAGAGAGAGAGAGACGAUGAUCAUAUUUUCGAC